AUGCAUUCCAUCAUGCGCAGACGUAUACCUUCAUCACUAUCAUCUCGAUUAGCCUCACCGCUGAGUCGUGUUAUAUCCACCAAGUCCGAGCCUGUAUUCGACAAGCGCGACGGCUCAAAAGGCGAGAUUGACAGCGCGCGCGCUUUCAUAGAGUUUAAACGCGAGGCAGACCCAUAUCGCGAUGUAGCAGAACGUGUUCAUGACUGGAACGAGAUCAAUUCGGGCCGUCGCGACCCAAAUGAGCGCAAGGUCCAAGCAGCGCGAUGCAUGGACUGCGGCACGCCGUUUUGCCAAACUAACACUGGCUGCCCAGUGAAUAAUCUUAUUCCGGAGUGGAAUGAGCUGGUUUUUCGGGACGAGUGGAAGGAGGCUAGUGACCGACUACACAAGACUAAUAACUUUCCUGAGUUCACGGGACGCGUGUGCCCCGCUCCUUGCGAGGCAGCGUGCGUCGCCGGCCUUGUGGACGACCCUGUUACCAUUAAGAACACCGAGUAUGCCAUCGUGGACCGUGCUUUUGAGGAAGGAUGGAUUGUACCUCGUAUUCCGCGUCGUAACGGUCUGCGCGUGGCUGUUGUGGGCUCGGGUCCUGCUGGUCUCGCAGCCGCCGACCAACUUAACCAGAAGGGCUACUUUGUCACAGUUUACGAGCGCGAGGACCGCAUCGGAGGUCUUUUAAUGUAUGGUAUUCCAAAUAUGAAGCUUGACAAAAAGACAGUCAAUCGUCGAAUCAAUUUGCUGCAACAAGAAGGCAUUAAUUUCGUCACGAAUGCCGAAAUUGGCGUCACUACGUCCAUAGAGCAGCUGCAGGGUGAAAAUGAUGCCAUUGUACUAGCUUUGGGAUCUACAGUUCCGCGUGACGUGGACAUUCCUGGCCGUCAUUUGAAGGGCAUUCAUUUUGCCAUGGAAUUUCUUACAAAGAACCAAAAGCGGCUGAUGUUAACGGUGGAUGGUAAGCUGCAGAGCGGUUGGAAUCGCGAGUUUGUUACGGCGGAGGGAAGAGACGUUGUGGUCAUUGGCGGCGGUGAUACAGGCACCGACUGCAUUGCGACGUCCAUGCGGCAGAGGUGCAAGUCAGUUGUGAACUUAGAGCACAAUCCAGAGCCCCCAGCACAACGUUCUCCGGAAAACCCGUGGCCUGAGUAUCCGCGCAUCUACGGUGUUGAUUAUGGCCACGCUGAGGUCCGCUCUGUAUUUGGUGAAGAUCCGCGCAAGUACUCUCGUAUAACAAAGGAAUUCAAGGGAAACGAUAAGGACGAAGUCACUCAUGUAGUGACCAUUCUGGGUGAAAAGGAUCCCAAGACCAACAUUAUUACAGAGAUUUCUGGCACGGAGGAAAAAAUCCCGUGCGAUCUUGUACUGUUCGCCAUGGGUUUUUUGCACCCCGACCAAAAGAUCGCAGAAACAUUGGGUCUAGAGGUCGAUCAGCGUCGUAACAUUCGCGCUGCUUACGGUGACUACCAGACGUCCGUCGAGGGUAUAUUUGCUGCUGGAGAUUGUCGACGUGGUCAGUCUUUGGUCGUGUGGGCAAUCAAUGAGGGUCGUGGUGCUGCAGACGCAGUAGAAAAGUAUUUUUUGCAUGAGGGUUUUCAGCCAGAGGUUAGAGUAAAAUCCUCUAAAUGCAAUAUCAUGUCAGCAGUGAAACGCCCCAGUGCUGUCCUCAAGUUGCAUGCAACCCGAGACAUCGAGCGUAUGGACAUUGCUUUUAACAAGACCAAGCGCAGAUACGUCGACAAUUCCGGUGCAUUUAAGAAGUUUGAGAGUGUGUACUUGUCCAAGUGCGCUGACAUCCGUCACAUUUAUGCAGCCAGAAAGAUUAAACUCAGGCAGCGUACGCGACUCAGCGAGCUCACGUCGAUGAUUCCUCGGCAUGCGUUCAGUUGUACGGACUCACACAUUGCCAGUGAAGUGACAUUGAAAGCUGCAGUAGCUCAUAUCCACCUCACGAAUACCUUUCAGCCAGUGCAGACCGUCAACCUGGCUGCAACCACUCAAUCCGAGCUCUUGUAG